GCGAAAGAACAACGACGUAAGUCGACAGAAAAGCUUUGAUCUCUCUCUUUGCGAGACAUCACUGACGGACCGCCUCAAGCCUUGAAGUCGUUCAUCGAGACCACGCAACAUGGACUCCAUGCGGAGUCUAAACACAUCCCUGCCCGGGUCAUCGGGCCAGAAGCAAACAGCGCAAAAUGACUCUCCUGAGCAACUCCUCGAUGCUUUCAAGGCCGCCGCCCUUUCUGUCACAAAGCUUUACAAGACUUCUGCAGCUAGCCAGGCCAAAGCACGCCUCGACGGAUACCAGGAUUGUUUGGACGAUCUUCUCGCCUUCCUCGACAAAGGAAAUCUGGGCGUAGGCGACGGCGAGGGUUGGAGGGUUCGCAAAUGGGCCACAGAAAGACUCGACGGUCGCGACUCUCCAUCGCAGACAGCCGAAAGCGAGGACGAAGACCUGACACGCACAGCGAGCGGAAACCCUCAAUCAACAAUGCGCGAGGACAGUCAAACCCAAAUAGAGCCCACACCACCCACCGCUUCCCCGGCUCUAGUCGACAACGCGCAAGUCACUGUUCCAAGCCAGGAUAGCUUCACUUUCCAGUCAUCACACCCUUACCCGCAAGAUGCGUAUCUUAAUAUCGCAAACCUCGACCUAUCCGAUUCUCGCGGUCACGACUCGCUCCCGUCACAUGUUACCUCCACCACCACCACCAACGCUCCCACCAAUCGUGCCUCUCGAUUACGACACACUGGUGUGGGAGCGAGACUAGGGGCCAGGCAAGCCAAUCAACUUGGGCGCGGCGCUGGAUCAAAGAGGAAGAUCAAUCUUGGCGAGAUAUUCGAUCUGGGCAGCCUCGGCCACGACAAGAACAUGUUCGGCGGCGGAAGUAAGCGAAGUCGGCACUCCUGAAGAGUGCAAGAUCUGAAGUACAGUUUAUGAGCUCACGCAAAGUAUGCGUGCACGAGCACGCGGAACUCUUAUCAAAGCGAUCGGGGGUUCCGUAAGGGUAGCGUACGCAAUUCAAGAGGCGUCAAAGCAUAGCAUGGGGAUCAACACGGUAAGCAUGAGUGGCGGCAGGCGUUGGGACGAUCCAUGAUGUGCAUUUGUGGUGUUGGGUUUUUGAUCUUCCGGUAGCGAUAGGGGGUGCUGUUGGCGUCGCAGCUUGGGGGGCCUUCUGGCGAUAGUUUGUCAUGAACGACGCCAGGAGUGUCUUUCUUUUCUAUGUAUCUACUUACCCAUGAUGAGCUCCAAAUGCUCCAGCGUGCCUCACUCGCC